AUGGUGUCAGGAUCAUUUAGGGGUCGUGCUGCCUUCCCAAUCCGCAGGGCACCCCUCUCAGGGACUCUUCCUGGCUCUAUUUAUCAGUCGUCACACUCGACUGCAUUCUCGUUAUCGCACCUCCCGCUGAGCAUCCUGUCGAUCUCUCGUACUUCGGCCACGACGUCUGCAUCGCCUACUUCACUCGGGCCCUUACCUUCGUCUACAUCUAUUACUUCGUCGUCUACUACGAGUACGUCGUCUUCGUUGACGCCCACGUCCUCGUCCACACCCGCGUCUUCUACGUCACCUAUCUUGUCUUCGACCUCUUCUUCAGCAGCUACGCCUUCCUCAUCAACGCAGACAAAUAGCCUGGUGACAAGUUCAGCUUUGCCCACUACCUCACUUCCCCUUACUAUGUCCUCGACUACGUCUUCUAGCUCUAGCACUACUCAGACGGCUGGAGCAGCUUUGGCAUCCUCCUCAAGCAAUCACACUGGUGCCAUAGUAGGGGGUGUCAUUGGAGGCGUCAUCUUUUUGCUUUUGGUCAUCGGAGGUCUGUUAUAUUAUCUUCGCAUCAGCCGGCAAGCCCCCAGUCCAUCUCGCCGCCGUUCACUCGCAGAGUACGAUUCUCGUGGGAAUGAUGGGAAAUGGAACGGGCUCUCAUCGCGCGACUCGACCAUGGAUGGCGGUCCGAGGGGGGCCAAACGGGCGUCAGGAAUGCAGAUGCUCACCAGGGAACAGGCUGACUCACUGGGCAACGUUGCCUCUCCUCGCCCCAGCCACACUGAACAGAGGAACGAUUCAGGAGGGACAGAAGAAGAUAUCGAGUCUCUCGGCGAAGAGAUCAAAGUGAGCCCAACCCGGGGAUCGGUGUACGUCGAACCCGUUCCCUCACUCCCGUACGGCAGCCUGCCCAGUCCCGACGUCAAUGGCUCUUUCCGCCGCGGUCGCAAGCCCUCUACAGACUUCAGUGCCCGCGCCGUCGCAUUGGAGAGGCUCAACACGAAUGCAGUGUCGGCCCUGCCCAGCCCCCCUCCUGCGCGGCAUCGCCCUGACGAUAGGAGUGAACCAGACACGCCUCCUCGCUUGUCCAGAACUUUUCCGGCUACGCCGCAGACCCCUGUAACACCAUUUUCGGCGGAGCCCAUGCAGCGCACGUCCUCGGCGAGUGUGCGCCGCAAUCCCUCGCGUAAACCUGUCCCGGCCUACGAUGCCACAGCUUUCGGUGCUGUCGACGGUCCUAGGGCAUCCCGCUCUAGCACCACCGUCGCUGCAACCGCUUCCCUGGCGCCCUCGCGACCGUCACAGUCCAGCAGGGACUCCACCGGCUCGAGUACACCUAUGCGGGGUCCGACGCCGUCUCGCUCGAAGGAAGAUCUCGCGUCCAAGCCCUUCAACGUCCCGCAGCUGACCCACAAGACGAGCUUUGGCGAUGCACGGCCGAUGCACUACUUGGUUCCAGAUUUACCCCCCACUUCAAAUGUCUGA